AUGCGCUGCUUUCUCGUGGCGGCGACGUUGGCCGUGGCCAAUGCCAACGACUGCGGUGAGUUGCGGCAGCUGCCCGUGUGCAACGACUGCGAUUCGGAGACUUCGCGCUUCGCUUGCGUCGGCGGCUCCGGCAGCUGCACGCGGCGCCUUCUGCUGGCCGCCUCGGUGAGCUGCUCCGGGCGCCACGCGCUGCUCAGCCGCGAGCUGCGCCGCGGCCUGGAGCUUUUUGCCCAGGAGAUCGCCCGCAGCCCUGCUCUGGGCUUCUGGGGCGAGCGCCUCACAGUGCAGCUCUGGCUGGUGGAUGACAAAAGUGACCCUGAGGAGGUGAGAAGGAUUUAUGCCAACUUCUCGGCGCAGACGGGCAAUCUGAGGCCCGACGCCCUCAUCGGCCCCUUCUCCUCGGAGCUGUCUGCUGCUGCAGCAGAAGCCACCAGCGGAUCAGGGCUACUGCUUCUGCUGCCUGGCGCAUCUUCGCCCAGCGUCUUCCGAUUCGAUCACCUGCUCGGCCUGUGCGCGCCAGCGCCAACGUACAUGGUGGAUGCACUCCGCAGAUCUCAAGACUUGGAACCAACAUCCGCUGUUCUCGCCUUUGCACCCAGCGAUUUCGCCUCAACCGCCUGUGGCGGUGCAUAUGAGCAAGCAAAGGGAAUGGGCCUCAAGGUGCUGAAGAAUAUCUCCUGGUCCUUGGAGGAGAUGACCUCAGUGGUCCAGGAGAUGAAAGCUUUGCAGCCUGACCUGGUCAUCGGAUGCGGCUACGUGCGAGAAGCUUCGCUGCUGAUUGUCUCCUCCAUGGCUCUUGACUUCAACCCCAAGGCCUUCAUCCUGACUCAGGCCUCACAUCCCGACCUCAUCACCGCAGUGGAGGCCCGCAACGCCAACUUCAUCUCCGGGCCCUCAGCCUGGCUCCCCGAGCUGGGCGACGACUCCUGCGCCCAAGCGACCUGCUCCUCCUUCCGUAACGGCUCCCACUUUUCCGCCGCCUACGCCGCCAUGUUCGGCGGAGACCCGGCCUACCAAAGCGCCGCCGCGGCGGCGGCGGGCAUCGUUUUUCUGGAAUUGGUACGGAGGAGCGAGUUUUACGACCCCACGGAGCUCCGGAGCAAGGCCUUGCAGGGCAGCUUCAAUACCUUCUAUGGGCGCUUGACCUUCAACAGUAAUGGCAUGCUGGACGACGACGCGAUCAUGGCGCGCACAGUUCAACUGAAGCCGCUGCCGGAGUCUGCCCCACCCAUGGAUCGCUACCGGUUGACCUCUGUCAAGGUGCUAGGGAAAGGUGGAGAGGCGAUGGAAGAAUUGCCCACCUGGGACCAGAAACGGCUCAUGGUCUACCCCUGCCACGACGGCUAUGCCCUGCAAGGUGGGACAUGUGUCCCGUGUGAGGCUGGCAGCUACCGCCACGCGAAGAGCACCUCCUGCCACACCUGCGAGCGAGGCACCUACUCCUCGGCGCCGGGGGCAGCGUAUUGUCGGCCCUGCCCCAGGGGCGCGGACUGUAACCACCUGGGCACCGCCAGCCCAGACGCGCUCCCAGGAUUCUACCGGAUGCCCUGGUCUGGUGACGAGCUGAUGCCGUGGAACUUUCAACCCUGCCGACCCGCCUCGAUUUGUCUGGGAGGCAACCAGUGCGCUGGGAGCAACACCGGCACACUCUGCGAGCAGUGCUUGCCGGGCACUACGAACCAGCGGUCACUGAACAUCGGCACUGGCAGGGGUCACUGCCUGGAGUGCCCGCCACCAGAGAUCAACAUCACCCUGGUGGUUGUGCUGAUCAUGGGCUGCGUGCUGUAUGCGGGGGUGGUCUUUCGUGCCACCAUUGCCUCUGCGUUGUCGGUGCGGCACCUGCAGUCCAUCAUCCUGAAGAUCGUCAUCAACUACAUCGUGUUCGCCCAGGUGGCGCUACAGGGCACGGGCUUUUGGUCCCAGAUUUGGAACGAGCUCCAGGAAUCCACUCCUGCGGAGCAAGGCCAAAUUUUCAUCAGCUACGACUGCUUGCUUGAGCAUCAGUCUGCCUGGGAUCUCUUCCGAGCCCAGAUGAAUGUGACGAUCCUGCUUCUGCCGGUAGCUCUCCUGACCAAUAUCCUGUUUUGCGUCGUGCGGAAUGUGAUUCUCAUCUGCCGCAUCAAGCGAAAUCAGCGGAUCUUGGAACGGCUCCGUCAGUUCGAUGACCACAGCUGGAACUGGACAUCUGCGACCAGGCACGUUCCGGAAGAUGAGCUGAUGCCCAGGAAGGAUUCCAUGCUCUCCUCGCAGAGCUCACAAUCUUCUGAGACCCUCCAGGAAAGCUUGGAGAGCAGUUACGCAGAGGUGAGUCCCUCUGCCGGACUUGCAAGCAAGGAACACACCGCAGAGGAGAUCAAGCAGUGGAAGGAGUUCCGCUUGUCGAUUGUUCAGUCCUCCGUGGUGUGGGCCUUUGUGCUGUACCCUAUCAUCAUACAGGCAUUGCUGAAGGGCACCAUUUGCCAAGAGUUUGACACGCUGCGCCUGAACGUGAAUCUGGACAUCGUUUGCUUCAGUCCAGAGCACGCGCAGAUCUUCGCCCUCUGCAUCUCUGGACUCUUUUUGUACGGCCUGGGAAUCCCCGCGGUCUUCUUCUGGCUCCUCUAUCGUCGGCGGCACCGGCUCAUGAUGCCUUCGACCCGGCGGAAGCUCGGGUUUUUGUACAACGGAUUUCAGCUGAAGUCGUAUCACUUCGAGUGCGUGUACAUGCUCCGGAAGUUCUCCAUCCUGCUGGCAGCGAGCUUACCCCAGCAGACGGUGCGCUCAACCAUCAUGCUGUGCCUGGGGAUGUACUUCUUCAUUGAUCAUUUGCGCCUGGAUCCCUUUGACAAUCGCGAGUACAGAGUGUUGGACAAGCUGGAGCUCUUGAACUUGUGGUGCUUGGUGGUCACACUUCUCGGCGUAUCCCUCUUUGAGGAGGCCUCUGGAAUUGAUGGGGACUCACCUUCACUUGUGACCGCCAUCCUAAAAAGUGUCCCUUUCAAAGCGAUAGUGGUCACUGUGGUGAUUGUGAGCCAUCUCGUAUUCUGGUGCUAUGUGCUCCGAGCCUUGAUCAACGAUAUCAUCGUUCGGCCUUUGCGCCUGAAAGCACUGACUGGCAUGAAGCUGCAUUGCUGGCACUAUGCACUGCUGGCAUUCUACCGGCUUUGUGUGGGCUCUGGAAACAUGCUGGUGUUCGAAGCAAAGGACAACAGUCUGGAUGUGAGCGCGCUCUCGCAGCGAGAGAGGCGUUUUCUGACGCACGCUCUCGAAAGCACCCUGGAAUGCUACAUGAACUGUUCGGGCAAGGCCCACCCUGGCCUUGUGUCCGUCGCUUUGAGGGAGGCAGUGCUGAUUUGUCAGAGGACACGGCGUCUCCAGGUGCAGUGGUUACGAAGGCACGAGCACAUCAGCGUGCCCUGCCUUGCAGGGCUUUGGGCGCAGGCUCAAGCCAGGCUCUACCUUUGCUACUGCGCCCUUGUCGAAUUCAUCGCCAAGCGCUGCGGUCGCAAGGAGUCGGGGCCCGACCUCCGGCACCAGCAGUCGGCCUUCCAGAUGCCCGUGACUCGCUUCGAGACGGCGAUGAGACUUGCAGCCUUCCGGGAGAAUCAGCCGACCAUCUGCGAGUUUUUCGUGGAGGAGUUGCACGAUGCCUUGAUGGUUCUUUGGCCGGAGAUCAAACGAGGAUGGCCAGAGUUACAUCAUCUGCCGGCCGAAAUGCCUGAGCCCAAGUUUCAAGUAUGGAAGAGUCAAGGCGCUGAAGCCUUUAUGUCCUCCAUGCCGGCAAACAGCCUUUGGUGCCAGGCGUUGGCUCCCCGCGAAGAUACCUCUGGCCUCACCGCCAGAUCCAUGGCCAGCAUCAACUCUGCCCCUGCGUCUGCUGCAGCCUCUGCGCAUCCGCCCGCGUCCUCAUCUUCGGCGGCAGAAGUCGCCGAUGAAGCACCCGACGAAGCUGCGGCGCCAGAAUGGCUGCGCCACAUGUUGGACGCAGAGAACACCCAGAGCGAGCUGGCACGUUCCAUCACAGCGCAGCGCCGCGCGAAUGAGCGGAGCUUCCGUUUGGCGUGCCUGCUGCUGCUGGAGCGGCGAAGAGCACAACGCACUCAGCAGAGCCUAGAGGAUGCUUUGGACAAGAUGGCCAUGCUGAACGCUUCCAGCGGCCUGCAGGGUACCAAGCCGGUGAAUCGGCAAAUCUCUGUGAACCUAGGCCUGUUAGCCGGCUAUGAAGCGAUGCUGCCGCGCAGAAGCAUGUCGCUGCCACAGCCCACGGCGCGGUCUUCCCGAAAGCCAUCCAAAGACUCUACCAAGUGCAUGAUGGUCUCAGAGUCGCCAGCAACUCCACGCGGCACCUCGGAAUACGUCGAACAGGAGGAGAGCCCAGCAGCUCCCAGGGAGGCAUCGCCCAGACGACCCCAAAAAGCGCCGGCACCAAGGCCAGCUUCGGCAUCGAAGGCUGACUCAAAGGCAGUGCCUCCGCUUCAGCUUCAGGGCGUCCAGGCGCGCCAGGCAGCCCAGGCGAAAGCUGCGCCCACCUUGCUGGAGACCAGCCCCAAGUCGCGCCUGCCCUGGGGCACUUCCCUCAUCCGCACCUGGGGUAAGCCCAUCGAGCCGAAGCCCGCGAGUGCGGCGAGCGCCAAAGCCAAGGCGCCGGGGGUUUCCGGCUCCCGCCCCGAGCUGGCGAGCCCGGGCGCACGGCAGAACUGGUUUGGAGCGCUUCGGCCGGUGGAAGAUCUGGAACUGGUGGGGCCGGAAGCUCCUCCUGAGACCUGGCAGGAUCCGCCGGACAUCAAUUAUGCUUAUUGGCGAAGAACGCGCCAGAGAGAAGACGUGACAGCCAGCGAGAAGGGCAAAGGCACUGGGAAGAGCAGUGCGAAGUCACACGCGCCGAGCUCCUGGCGUCGACGAGUAGAGGGCGGGGAGCGAUGA